AUGACUUUACAACAAAUUUUAGCAUGCGCUGUUGGUUUAGAGAUCAUUGAAAAUAGGAGCAAUGUUGUGGACUAUAAAGAAGAUGGGAUAUGGUCAAAGGUAUGUAGAAAAUUAUUUGGUCUGAAAGAAGCCACAUACUCAGAUUAUACAUGCUAUACUGGCAUUGCAGAGUUUGUACCAACUGAUAUUGAAAAUGUGGGGUAUCGAGUAUUUUUGGGUUACAAGCAGUACUUUGUUUCUUUAGACGUUGGAGGUGGAAGGAUUCAGUGGUAUGCAUUCCAUAAUGAACCUGCUGGGAAUGAUGAUCCUCCUAACUAUGCUGGUUGGAAAGACCGUAGAAACUGUUAG